UGUCUAACAAUCACUUUCAUGAACAAAGAAUUGAGAUCUCAAUUUUAUAAACUUUUUUUUAAAAAAAAAAAAUUUCAGAGAGGAGAGAGAAAGAGGAACCUUCCAUUUUCAUGCUUCUCUUUUACUAUAUGCAAUUGCAAACUUAGGAAGAAGGCAGGGGCAAUAAAGGGAAGAAAUACUAUCACUUUCUCUCUCUACUCAACCUACCAUUGAUUACUCUAUUGCCUUCUUCUUUAAACCUUCUUCCAACAACAACCUCAUCACAUUCACAGAACUUGCAAUUUUCCUUUCCAACAGCUACUUACUUUUUAGUUUUCCCAUUAUUUCAAGGAUUUCCCACUUUUUUAUAGCUCAGACGUCAAUUACCCAGUUCAUAAUUCAAGGAAUUCCAACUUUUUUCAUUGAAUUUUGAUCAAUGAGAGUGAUUUUGGCAUUUGGGUAUUUGUUAAAUUUCAGAAUGAUUGUUGUUUUGUUGCAGUAAUAAGAUCCAGAGGUUGAGUUUUGUUUAUACUAGGAGCUGGAUUCUGAUAAAAGGAUUAUCAAUCGAUAUUUUCGACUAACAUGGCGUCUGAAAUCAAUGCUGGUAUGUCCAAGAAAGUUGCUGGUGUGAGGUUGUGGGAAUUAAUAGGAGUAAUCAUUGGCGCUUUGAUUGUGAUUAUUCUUUCGGUAUUGCUCUAUCUAUGCCUUACUGCUAGGAAGAAAUCUCGGAGGGCUAACAAUAGUUUACCUCUUAGCCAAAUUCCUUCAAUUUCGAAAGAAAUUCGUGAAAUAAAAAUGGACCAUAUGUCCCAAAAUGGGUAUGGUAGUUAUCCUGAUGGUGUUGUAGAGAAAUUGAAAGAGAAGGAUUCAGACAGGCUUUUGAUUCAUCCAAGUGUUGAGAAAAUCAAAACGGUAGAAAAUGGAAGUCAUUCAGGUUAUUUUACUCAUAUCGAGAAAGAUAGCAUUGGUUCCCCAAUGGGGGAUAAGCCUUCUUCUCAUCCGAUAAGUGCUCCUUCUCCGCUAUCUGGACUUCCUGAAACUUCUCGCCUUGGUUGGGGUCACUGGUUUACACUUAGAGACCUUGAAGUUGCAACAGAACGCUUUUCCAAACAGAAUAUCAUCGGUGAGGGAGGAUAUGGCAUUGUUUACCGGGGUGAGCUUAUUAAUGGGACACCAGUUGCAAUAAAGAGGCUUCUUAAUAACCUUGGACAGGCGGAGAAGGAAUUCAGGGUAGAAGUGGAGGCGAUUGGUCAUGUUCGACAUAAAAACUUAGUUAGACUUCUAGGAUACUGCAUUGAAGGAACUCACAGGUUGUUGGUUUAUGAGUAUGUCAAUAAUGGAAAUUUGGAACAAUGGCUUCAUGGUGCAAUGCGCCAAUAUGGAAAUCUUACUUGGGAAGCUCGCAUGAAAGUUCUUAUUGGCACUGCUAAAGCCCUUGCUUACUUGCAUGAAGCCAUUGAGCCUAAGGUUGUGCAUCGGGAUAUCAAAUCAAGUAACAUACUGAUAGAUGAUGAGUUUAAUGCAAAGGUCUCAGAUUUUGGUUUGGCAAAGCUGUUGGGUGCUGGAAAGACUCACAUUGCUACUAGAGUAAUGGGCACAUUUGGGUAUGUGGCUCCAGAAUAUGCCAACAGUGGUCUUCUAAAUGAAAAAAGUGAUGUCUACAGCUUUGGGGUUGUUCUCUUGGAAUCUAUUACUGGGAGGGACCCAGUAGAUUAUGCGCGUCCGCAGAAUGAGGUAAACCUGGUGGACUGGCUUAAGACUAUGGUUGGUAAUAGGCGUGCAGAAGAAGUGGUAGAUCCCAACAUGGAUACUAGACCUUCAACGAGGGCUCUUAAGAGAGCACUUUUGACCGCACUGCGGUGUGUAGAUCCGGAUUCUGAAAAACGGCCAAAGAUGGGUCAAGUUGCUCGAAUGCUUGAAUCAGAGGAAUAUCCCGUUCCUCGUGAGGAUCGGAGGCAUCGAAGGAACCAAGGUGGAGAGGCUGAAUCUCCGAGGCUUAGUUUCAAGGCUAGUGUUUGAACACAAUGUCAAGAUCAGUAAACCAAAAAUAUACCCAACAUUUAAGAGCCAGUAGGGCUGUAGUUAACAGAUGAAACCCCAUGCUUCUAACAGCUGAAGUCUGCGUGUGAUCUGUGCUGAGAUUGAGUCGACGUAUAUAUAAAUAUAAAUAUAAAUAUAGUAAUUUUGUGCCCUCGGACACCCCAUUUCUUUGUGAGUAGCUGAUUAUAUAGGAUGAAUAUGGUUUGUAUAAGUAGUCCAUCCGAUGUUUUGUACAGGCCUUUUUAGGCUAGAGGGUUUGUUAAUAUACUAGAGAGUAGAGACCCAAUGAAAUUUGCUGAUCUGUGUCAUCAGCUCGUCAUAGUGUACUUAAUUAGUACUCUAUAUUGAACUACUGAUUCGGUUUCAAGGAAUUUUUUCAUGAUGC